AUGUCAAACUUUGUAGCUCCAGAAGUCAAAAAAUUUGUGGCUUGGGACUAUGUUGUUUUUGCAGCACUAUUUUUAGUAAGUGCUAGCAUUGGAGUCUUUUUUGCAGUUAAAGAGAGGAAAAAGAAAACUUCAAAGGAAUUUUUGGUGGGCGGUAAGCAGAUGACAUGUGGACCAAUAGCUUUCUCUCUCACAUCAAGUUUCAUGUCAGCAGUCACCGUUUUGGGAACACCCUCCGAAGUUUAUCGCUAUGGGGCAUCCUUUGUUCUCUUCUUUCUUUCAUAUGCGCUUGUCAUCAUUUUUACUGCUGAACUUUUUUUACCUGUGUUUUACAGAUCUGGCAUUACAAGCACUUAUGAGUAUUUGGAGUUAAGAUUUAACAAGAUUGUCCGUCUUGCUGCAACAUUGAUCUACAUCCUGCAGACGAUCCUUUACACAGGAAUAGUGGUUUAUGCUCCAUCACUGGCACUCAACCAAGUCACUGGAUUUGAUCUCUGGGGCUCUGUAGUUGCAACGGGAAUUGUCUGCACUUUCUAUUGCACUCUGGGAGGAUUAAAAGCUGUUGUCUGGACAGAUGCAUUUCAAAUGAUUGUCAUGGUGGCUGGCUUCGUGACAGUUUUGAUUCGAGGAACUACUCUGAACAGUGGACCGACCAAGGUCUGGGAAGAUGCCUAUGAAGGAUCACGACUAAACAUAUUUGACUUUGAUGUCGACCCUUUGAGACGACAUACCUUUUGGACAAUUGUUAUUGGGGGAACGUUUACAUGGCUAGGGCUCUACGGAGUUAAUCAGUCCACAAUACAGAGGUGCAUUUCUUGCAAAUCAGAAAAGCACGCUAAACUGGCACUUUACCUGAAUCUAUUGGGACUUUGGACAGUCCUGGUGUGUGCAGUAUUUUGUGGUUUGGUGAUGUACUCUCAUUACAAGAGUUGUGACCCUUGGACUGCUGAUUUCAUUUCAGCACCUGAUCAGCUCAUGCCGUAUUUUGUUAUGGACAUUUUUUCUUCGAUGCCAGGAGUGCCGGGACUGUUUGUCGCCUGUGCAUUCAGUGGAACGCUAAGCACGGUAGCUGCCAGCAUCAACGCUUUAGCAACCGUUACCUUUGAAGACUUGGUCAAAAAAGGUUUCCCAAACAUCUCUGAGAAGAUGAGCACAUGGAUCAGCAAAGGCUUAUGUAUCUUAUAUGGCAUCCUGUGCACUUCAAUGGCGGCAGCAGCAUCGCUGCUGGGAGGAGUUGUGCAGGCUUCCCUCUCCAUCCAUGGGAUGUGUGGGGGGCCCAUGCUGGGAUUAUUUACCCUGGGAAUUGUGUUUCCUUGUGCUAACUGGAAGGGUGCUAUUGGAGGCCUCUUAGCUGGGAUCACCUUAGCUUUUUGGGUCGGAACCGGCUCUUUCAUUUACCCUGCACCACCGACAAAGUCCAUUCCCCUGCAACUGUCGACUCUCAACUGCACACUGGCUAACAGUACCGAGGCGCUGGUGAUGGCGGCGGCUCCCACGGCAGCUCCAGACAGGCCUUUCCUGGCAGACACCUGGUACUCCCUGUCCUACCUGUACUUCAGUGCCAUGGGCUGUCUAGGCUGUGCCAUCAUAGGGCUGUUGAUAAGCUUUAUAACAGGACCUAAUAAAGGAGAAGAUAUCCCACCAGUGUUAAUUAAGCCAGUCUGCAACCUGUUUUGCUUUUGGUCCGAAAGACUCAAAGCUUUCCUCUGGUGCGGCGUGCGGCACGACAGCCAGGAGGUGGACUUUGAAAAAAAUCUGCCUAAAGUUAUUACAAAUAAAAAUGGAACCAAUGACACCUUCAAGAAUAAUAUCGACAAAGAAAACAAACGCCAGUUCCCUGGUUACAAUCCCGAGGAAAAUUCCUAUACUAAUGUGAGCAGAGAAUCUCGCCUCUAG